AUGCCUCAGUUUGAACGUCCGACCUCGACCUCGUCGCUCUUUGAGCUGGUCGAAGGUCUCGACGAGGCUCAGAUUCACUCGUUAUUGGUCGAAUUUAACAACACGGUCCCUAGCAACAUUCCUGUUUCCCAUGGCGUCGAGCUCUUUGAACAUCCCGACUCAAAGAAGCCCAUCUCGGCCGCUCGCGCGUCUUCCAUUCGUCGUUCCUUCAAGCUCUCUCGAAUGCUCUCGAGGUCAAAGAGCAAGCGAGUUUCUUCAGCACCAGCUCCAUCACCAUCCCGUCCGAGAACUGCCAUGCCUACCGGUCCGAAGCACUACAGGAGGAUAAGUCGACCUGUAUUGCCCACACUUGCCAGCGGUCCCGACCUGAACGCUCUCUUGUCUGCAUACCUCGCACCUGCUGCUCCCCCAUCUAAGCCGAAAACCUCGUCUCCUUCGUCCAUGUCGUCUUUGCGAUCGAUCUCUACCAGUUCCACGAUGAGCUUUGAAGCCGAGGAUGCCGAUAUGGAUAUACUAGCACCGCUCGUGUUUGGCCGACCCCAGCAACAACGAGGCCAAAUAGGGGAUAUUUUUGAGGUGUUGGAGUUUUAA